AAUUGUCUAGCUCAACUAUGUCCGCCGCACAAGGAAGAAGAUGAUGCCUGCCUGAAGAAACAAAAUCCACCUCUUUGUCUUUGGAAAACGGAAGAAUAGCUACGUAAGUACUUAUGUCACUCCGGCCAGUAUAAAGCCGGUGGCUCCUCACCGGCGCGUCCUGUACUUGAACCACAAGACAGGCUCGACCACGCGUCAGUGCGAGUCGACGCAGCUGUUGUGCACUCCGCCGCAGAGAGACGACCCAUGGCCUCGACAACGGCGGUGCCGGAGGUGGCGCUGCGGUCCGGCGACGCGAGGCCCAUGCCGGCGAUCGGCAUGGGCACCGCCAAGUUCCCGGUGGUGCCGAAGACGACCAUGAAGGCCGUGUUGGAGGCCGUGGAGCUCGGCUACCGCCACUUCGACACGGCCUCCAUGUACGCGACGGAGCGGCCCCUGGGCGAGGCCCUCGCGGAGGCGGUGCGCCGCGGGCUCCUGGCGUCCCGGGAGGAGGUGUUCGUCACGUCCAAGCUCUGGUGCACGCAGUGCCACCCGCACCUCGUGCUCCCGUCGCUCCGGGAGAGCCUCCAGAACCUGCAGAUGGAGUACGUGGACCUGUACCUGAUCCACUGGCCGAUCAGCCUGAAGCCCGGGCCGGCGGUGUUGCCGGUGAAGCGGGAGGAGGCCGUCCCGUUCGACUUCGAGGGCGUGUGGCGGGGGAUGGAGGAGUGCCACCGACUCGGGCUCGCCAAGGCCAUCGGCGUCAGCAACUUCACCACCAGCCACCUCAACAAGCUCCUCGCCGCCGCCGCCGUCCCUCCUGCAGUCAACCAGGUGGAGAUGAACCCGGUGUGGCAGCAGAGGAAGCUGAGGGACUACUGCGCCGAGAAGGGCAUCCACAUCGCGGCCUACUCGCCGCUGGGAGGGCAGAACUGGUCCGGCGACGGAAGCGCCGUGCUGGACUCCGAGGUGCUCGCGGAGAUCGCCGGGCUUAGAGGAAAGACCGUCGCACAGGUCGCGCUGAGGUGGAUCUACGAGCAAGGGGCGACCCCGAUCGUCAAGAGCUUCAGCAAGGAGAGGCUCGAGGAGAACCUCGGGAUCUUCGACUGGGGGCUCACCGACGACGACCUGCGCAAGAUCGACCAGAUUCCGCAGAAGAAGAUCGUCACGGCUGCAGGCGUGCUGUUCUCCGCAGAGGGCGAGUUCACGUCGGCUGACAUCGCAGACAUGGAAAUUGUCGAGGAGUAGAAUAGGCACUGAGAAUUCGGAUGUAUGACGUGAACUGCAGUAGCUUACUUAAAGAGUGGGGUGAAUAUCGGUUAUAUAUCAUGUUAUUCCUCUUUACGGAUUCGAGUUAAUUAGCAGUGAAGAUUGUGAUCA